UUUUAAACUCUCUUAGUCAGCUCGCGUCCCAGUCCCAACGUUUCCACCGAGGCCGAGGGAGGCGAAAGUGGCUGCUGCUACUUUAAAUGUAACGCAUCGAGGAGAAUGCUGGAAAGGGGCCUGCCUGCAGGGAUACUCAGUCAUCGAGCGGGAAAAGCAGCCAGACGGCGGACAGAAGGAGAAAGCCGGGCUCUCAUGGACGCAGCGCUAAUUCAUAAAUCAGGUGAGGCUGCCUCGGCCCACUGCCGUCUUUCUGCCGCUGCUGCAUGGAGUCCUGCCUGUCGGAUGUUUUGAUCCGUGAAGUAUGGACUCCGACGAUCUUCUGGGUCAAGACAACCCCAAUGAGUCACCCCAGGAAAGACCAGCCCAGAGGCGCAGCAUGCCCAGCGGCCUCUCUGAGAAGACCCCCAGCAUGGAGCCCUCCCCCACCACGCCAUUCCGGGUCACGGGGUUUCUCAGCCGGCGGCUCAAAGGCUCCAUCAAAAGGACAAAGAGCCAGCCGAAGCUUGACCGGAACAACAGCUUGCGCCACAUUCUACCUGGAUUCAGGAGCGGGGACAAUGAAAGAUCCCAUCUGAUGCCGAGACUGAAAGAAUCGCGGUCUCACGAGUCUUUGCUCAGCCCUAGCAGUGCCGUGGAGGCCCUGGAUCUCAGCAUGGAGGAGGAGGUGGUGAUCAGACCUGUUCACAGCAGCAUUCUGGGCCAGGACUAUUGCUUUGAGGUGACUACUUCCUCGGGGAGUAAAUGCUUUUCCUGUCGGUCUGCGGCCGAACGAGACAAAUGGAUGGAAAACCUGCGGCGGGCGGUGCACCCAAACAAGGACAACAGCCGGAGGGUGGAACACAUGCUGAAACUGUGGAUUAUCGAGGCCAAGGACCUUCCGGCGAAGAAGAAAUACUUGUGCGAACUGUGCCUGGAUGAUGUCCUGUAUGCACGGACUACCUGCAAGUUGAAGACGGACAAUGUCUUCUGGGGGGAGCACUUUGAGUUCAACAACCUGCCGUCCCUCAAGAACAUCACGGUGCACCUGUACAAGGAGACGGACAAGAAGAAGAAGAAGGACAAGAACAAUUACAUUGGGCUGGUGAACCUGGCGGUGGGCUCGGUCUCAGGGCGGCAGUUUAUCGAGAAGUGGUACCCGGUGGUCACCCCGCCCAACAAGGGCAAGGCCCCAGGCCCAAUGAUUCGCAUUAAGAGCCGCUACCAGACCAUGAGCAUCCUGCCCAUGGAGAUGUACAAGGAGUUUGCCGAGUACAUCACCAACAACUACCUGGUGCUCUGCUCCGUGCUGGAGCCCGUGCUGAGCGUGAAAAACAAGGAGGAGAUGGCGUCAGCACUGGUACAUAUUCUGCAAAGCACUGGGAAGGCAAAGGACUUCUUGACAGACCUGAUGAUGUCAGAGGUGGACCGCUGUGGGGAGAACGAGCAUCUCAUCUUCCGGGAGAACACGCUGGCCACCAAAGCCAUUGAGGAGUAUCUCAAGCUGGUGGGGCAGAAGUACCUGCAGGAUGCCCUGGGGGAGUUUAUCAAGGCGCUGUAUGAGUCAGACGAGAACUGUGAGGUCGACCCUGGCAAGUGCUCCUCCUCUGACCUUCCCGAGCACCAGAGCAACCUGAAGAUGUGCUGUGAGCUGGCCUUCUGCAAGAUCAUCAACUCCUACUGCGUCUUUCCGAGAGAGCUGAAGGAAGUGUUUGCUUCCUGGAGGCAGGAGUGCAGCAACCGGGGCCGGCCGGACAUCAGCGAGAGACUCAUCAGCGCCUCCCUGUUCCUGCGCUUCCUCUGCCCUGCCAUCAUGUCCCCGUCACUGUUCCACCUCCUGCAGGAGUACCCCGAUGACCGCACGGCCCGCACUUUGACCCUGAUCGCCAAGGUCACCCAGAACCUUGCCAACUUUGCCAAGUUUGGCAGCAAGGAGGAGUACAUGUCCUUCAUGAAUCAGUUCCUGGAGCACGAGUGGACCAACAUGCAGCGGUUCCUGUUAGAGAUCUCCAACCCGGAGACCAUCUCCAACACAGCUGGCUUCGAGGGCUAUAUUGACCUGGGCCGCGAGCUAUCCACCCUCCACUCCCUCCUUUGGGAGGUCAUUUCCCAGCUGGACCAGGCCACGGUGACCAAGCUCGGGCCCCUGCCUCGAAUCCUGAGGGACGUCAACACAGCCCUGAGCAGCCCGGCAAGCGUGCAGGUGUCGGUCACUGCCGACCCCAUGGCCUCCACUCCUAAUGCCAGCAGCAGCAGCAGCAGCAUCUCUGCCGGUCUGCAGAAAAUGGUCAUCGAGAACGAUCUCUCUGGUCUGAUAGAUUUCACCCGGUUACCAUCUCCCACCCCCGAAAACAAGGACUUAUUUUUUGUCACAAGGUCUUCGGGGGUUCAGCCCUCCCCUGCCCGGAGCUCCAGCUACUCAGAGGCCAACGAGCCCGACGUCCAGAUGUCCAACGGCAGCAAAAGCCUGUCCAUGGUGGACCUGCAGGACAAUCGGGUUUUGGACAGCGGAGCCGCCGCCACCCCCGGGGCCCUGCCGGACUCCCUCAACGACAGCCAGUCCUCGGUGGGGCCACCGCAGCAAGGCGGUUGGCCGGGCCGGACGCCCCAGAACAGCGUCCCCAGCACGGCCACGGUCCGGCGGGCCGGGCAGACGCCCACCACGCCCAACACGGAGGGCACCCCUGGGCGGCCCCAGCUGCUGGCACCCCUCUCGUUCCAAAACCCCGUGUAUCAGAUGGCGGCGGGCCUGCCUCUCUCCCCGCGGGGUCUGGGGGACUCGAGCUCUGAGUGCCACAGCUCGCUCAGCUCUCACAGCAACAGCGAGGAGCUGGCGGCCAGCAAGCAUGGUGGCUUCGUCAACCCCGGCGCGGGCGAGGACCUGGCCCGGCGCCCGGGGGAACUGGCCCGGCGGCAGAUGUCAUUGGCGGACAAGGGCGGCCAGCCCACGGUGCCGCGCCAGAACAGCGCCGGCCCCCAGCGGCGGAUAGACCAACCGCCCCCGCCUCCGCCACCGCCACCACCCGGCUCCCGUGGCCGGACCCCGCCCUCGCUCCUGAGCACCGCACAGUACCCGCGGCCCUCCGGCGGGAGCCUGAUGUCGUCAUCCCCUGACUGGCCGGGCCCCGGGGGGCGACUCCGCCAGCAGUCGUCCUCCUCGAAGGGCGACAGCCCAGAGCUGAAACAGCGCACCAUGCACAGGCAGGCCCCUUCUCCUGUGAAUCCCAAUGCCCUGGACCGCACUGCCGCUUGGCUUUUGAAUAUGAACAUGCAGUUUUUAGAAGAUGAGAGCAUUGACCCAGAACCCAAGCACAGGGAUAAGCUCAGGAGUCAGGACGAACUCAGCCAAGCAGAAAAGUACCAGCAGGACAUUGUGGUGUUGCAAGACAAGCUCCGCCUCUCCACCAAGAAGCUGGAGGAGUACGAGAGCCGGUUCAAGUGCCAGGAGGAGACUACGCAGAAGCUAAUGCUGGAGUAUCAGGCCAGGCUGGAAGAGGGCGAGGAGCGCCUGCGGCGACAGCAGGAAGACAAGGAGAUCCAGAUGAAGGGCAUAAUCAGCAGGUUAAUGUCUGUGGAGGAAGAGUUAAAGAAAGACCACGCUGAGAUGCAGGCGGCCGUGGAUUCCAAACAGAAGAUUAUCGAUGCUCAGGAGAAGCGCAUCGCCUCCCUGGACGCCGCCAAUGCCCGCCUGAUGAGCGCCCUCAGCCAGCUGAAAGAGAGGUACAGCAUGCAGACCCGUAACGGCCUCUCCCCCACAAACCCAACCAAAUUGCAGAUUACAGAAAAUGGAGAAUUCAGAAACAGCGGCAAUUGCUAAGCCCGGAGGGAGGAGCCGCCGCCACCGCCACUGCCACCACCGCCGUUGCCGCCGCAGGGCUGGGGGAGGAAAGCCAACCCCCUCCCACCCCGUCCCCCCCGCCCCCAGGAUCUCCAGCCGCCGGCAUCCGGGGCAGCAGGCGCGGGCGGGGAUGGGACGGCUGCUCUGGAGAAUGGCUCAGCUCCCCCCCUCCCGCCCCCGCAAGAGAGCAGCCGGGAAGGGACCCGGCCCCACGGCGGGUGUGACUGGCGCAUCCCCGGCGAGCAUCUUGGGCAAGGCGAAAGCGCGGGCACUGGGGGCCGUCGGGUGGCCCGGGCUGACUGCCGCACUAAAACUAACAGAUGUUCUAUUUGUAUAAAAAAACCAACCCACACUGUGUCACUGUCGGUGGAUUGAUUUCCGUACUUCCCUUUUCCUUAGCUGAAGGGGCUCCCUCCAAAUUCUCCCAUAAUGCCCCGAUUAUCUGCUGGGAACGAGAGAUGGUUUUCAGAAAGCAAGUUUCCAUGAGCCUUCUUCCGCCCACCAUCUCUCCCUGGCUCUCUCCGGCCCCGCCGUGGCACCAGCUAGCCGGUGGGGCUGGGGAGGCAGGUGGGUUGUGGUUGGGGGUAGGGAGGUCGCCCGCUCUCCCGGGGUGGAUCUGUGUGGAUCCGUGGGUUGUGGUUGGGGGUAGGGAGGUCCCCCACUCUCCCGGGGUGGAUCUGUGUGGAUCCCCAGAGCCAAAAUCUGCCCCUUUUCCUCUCCCUUUUCCUAGGGGCAUGCUCUUCCAGCCUUCCCAGGCAGAGAUUGCCAAGCGUCCCUCUCUGCCAACAGACACAUGCCUGUGUGCUCACUCCCAGCUGGGGAAGAGAGCCAGGGUUCAGUCUGGAGACCCCAGACUUGGAAGUCUAGCAUCUCCCCUCGCCAGGCAUAGAUCUCUGGACCAAUCCUAGGACUUCUAGGGGAGAAUAUGCCCCGGGGUGGUGGGACCCCAAUUUUAGUCAACCCCUCUUCACCCAUGGUGACUGGCCUGUUUCCCCCUGCCUUCCCAAUGCCCUUAAGAUGCCAGCUCCUAGCAGGAGAGCAUGGUUUCAUCAUUGUCAUUUUCUCUUUUUUUAAACAAAAUUUGGUCCACCUCCUUCUCGGGGAGCAGAGGGUAGGGGAGAAGCGGAGGGAGAUCUGGCUGUUUUAAUUGUUCUGCUGCCACCAGGCUAUAGGGAGAGGCUGAGCCACAGUAGGGUGGGGAGAUGGUUUCCUCAUGAAACACUGGCUCGUCCAUCUUUCCUUCCCUCCUUUCCGUCUUGCUGGUGCAUCUGCCAUGCUCUCUCUAAUAAAGCGGGGCCCUGCUCUAUCCCCUCGAGUUUCUCACCAGCCAGCAUGAACCAUGGUUCUCAGACCAGAACCACCCGCCACCUGUCCCCCUCCCCCUCUGCCCCCCGGCAAACAAGGCUGCCCUUUUCCUAAACCUUCCCCGUAACCUCCUCCCUCCACCUUUCAUCAAUCCAUCAGUGCUGUCCACCCUGCUGCUUUGCCCGUGCACAUCUGUGCACAUGCAUGCACACACACAUACAUGAGCAAGCACACACGCCCUUCCACAAAUCCUCAAAGGAAACUCAGGCCUAAAUAGGAAUGAAGGAAGCCAAACUGAUGAAUCUUAUGAAAUUUAAUUUCCCACUUGGGCAAAAAGGACAUUUUCCAGGGAGAGAGGGAGCGAAAGGUAGAGACUGGGCACAGUCAGUGGCAUAAGCCCCAGGGGCUGUGCUUUAUUCAGAACAACUCAGAAUGUGAGUGCAUCUGUGAGGAAUGAUAAUAAUCUGAUGAUAUCUGUUAAGCGCCUGCCACGUGCCAAGCACUGUGCUGAGCGCUGGGUUUGCCACACGAUAACCAGAGCAGAUCUGGUCCCUGUACCACCCGGGGCUGCUGGUCUGAGAAGGGAAGGGCAGAGGCAGAGAUUUUGUGCUAUACAAUCAGGAGGGGGAAAAAAAAAGCAGUCCCCAAGUGACCCCCAUGAAGAUCGGUAAUUGUAAUUUUUUUUCCUUUCACAGUAUGCAUUAGAACAAAAAAAGCUCGUUUUCUGGAGUUCAGGCCUCUCUAAAUUGAGAGCACGCGCACUGCAUGGAAAUUAACAGCCUUGAAGGAUGUAAAACAUGAUCACACCUCGAGCAGCACGGCCAGCACCGACAGUCCCCGGGGCGCACACGGUUGAGAGUGCGCGAGCUCAUCUGCUCUCUCUCUCAGGCAGGGCCCGCCCGGGCACAUGAGGGCACUGCUGGCUCGGGAGGUGCCCCUGCAUCGGGGAUACACUGCCUGCCCGGUGCCAUGGUGGGUGGUGGGGAGCAUCAUUUCAUUCAUUUUUUGUUUUUUUACAUUUUAUUUUGUGUGGAUCUUUUGGGAAUUUAAAUCAGACACCCACCCCCAACCCCAAUCCACACCCCACUUAGGGACCAGAGGCUUUGCUGAAUCCCAGAAGGAGAGAUGCCCAGCAUGGGUGCCCCACACCCUCUUGUCCACGGUGCACACUUGGGCCCUGGUAAUGGGUGUCGCUCAGAAAUGAGACACUCUGCCUGCUGGGAGGAAUAGUCUGCCCUCGGGCAAGGCGGGCUUAUGCUAGCUGAACCGAGGUGGUCAGGGAGAUACUGGAGGAGAGCGGGUGGUUUACCUUGCAGGCCGUCUGCUCUCGCCCCUCCUUCCCUUCUCUUCCUGGAGACACACAGUGUUCCGCUAGGGUCCUUGGGUUGGGGCCCAGGACAGCAUAUCCAAGGCAUGUCCAUGUAGCAUUUGUAGGUGGUGGAAGGAGAUCUGGUCCGCUCCUGGGAAGACAAGCAGACACCACGUUCCCAGGCCAAGUUAAGGGGAAGCUGACUCUUUCAGUGCAGAUUGUAUCUUUCCAGAAUCCUCCCCAGUUGGAUUUGAAGAAACUCAUCAGGCGUGUCAUGAUAUUAAACAGUCCAUGAGAAGCCAGAUUCAGAAAAGUUAGGAACAGCCAGGAUAGCAUGGGCAAUUUGAUGCAUGAACCUCUCCUCAGUAGUGUCAGCCACCUCAUGAAAAUCCUCCUAAAGACUUUUGGGACCAGUGUGACUCAGAGAGGGAGCAGCAGGCUCUGGGUGUCUUACAGAGUUUUUUCCAUGUUGAGUCAUUUUUAUGAGAGGCCUGAUUUCACUGGCCCCCGAAGUUUGACAAGCCUGGAAUGAGGGUGGAGUUGAAAGAGAGAAGGAAAAAAGCAAACCACUGGGAGAUUUGGGCCUGGGGGAAAUGCAUCCAAGCAUAUGUGAAAAUUUUUCGUUGCCUCUUAGGUGACCUAAAGGACAUUUUGGAAGAUACUGAGACCUGUGAAAUGCCCCCCUCCCUUCCCCAUUCCCCCUUCUCUCUGCCUCUUAUUUCUACCUUUCCCUUCCCUGAAAGAUCUCAUUAUUUCUCAACCCAUCAAAUGUAGCAAAGGGGGUCAUUCACUUUCUAACCUAAGACACAUAUCACCUGAUUAGGAGACUGACAACCUAUGGGACUGAUACAAACCAUUGAGGUUGAUGCAUAGAUUCUCUUGGUGCGUGUGUGUGUGUGUGUGUGUGUGUAUUUUGUUUCUUUAACAGUUAUAAUAUUUCUGUUCCUCAACCAAAAGGAUUUUCUUUAUUUAUAAGCACUGUUUUUUGUUUUUGAAAAAGGGAAGUUUUCUUUUCCAUCCUGCAUGGUUUCUGCUUUUUAAUUUUGUUUUUUUGGUUUUUUGGGGUUUUAUUUUGUGUUUUUUUGUUCUUUUAAAACCUGUGUCAUUCCUAGCAAUACCAGGGACAAUUUUUCUAAGUGCCCACCGCCCAGGAGAAAAGACAAAGGAAAGGAAGACCACUAAACCUAACAUUUGUGACCUGCUCUUUUUGUUCUCGUGCUGUAGGCGGUUAAGAACAUUAUCUAGUGCAAAAACUGUAAAAGUGUAAAAAAUGUUCACAUAUUUUUAUCUGAAUGCAAGUCUUACAAUUUUUUUGUAAAUGUUCUCGGUGUCUGCUGUAAUGUACCUACUGCGCCUAACAGUUGUAUAUAGUAAUUUACUUCUGGUGCUGCUCCCUAGGCAAGAUUUGACUGCAUCUCUCCUGCUGUUCAUUUUUAUUUUAUUUUUUAGUAUGGAGAACCUUAUUGAAAAGGAGGGGGAGAUUUGUUUUUUGGCGGGGGAGUUGGUUUCCAAUUUGUAGGUUUGGGUUGUGUGUGAAGUUAUUGGAGGCCAAACCAGAGAGCUUUCCACAGCUUGGAUAUUUAAGCCCGGGGAGACGUCGGUGGGGAGAGUUGAUACUGUCUCAACACUGCCUCAGGUGAAACCUUAAAGAGUUAGUGCCCCAUGUCCAAGAUGCCCCUGACUGCUAGAGGGAAGCUAUCCCACUGUUGGCCAUGGCCAAUCUCCCUGGGAGGAAGGCGCGAGGUCUGGGGAUUGCCUUUGUUUUCUGGAAAGCUGCCUGCACUGCAUAAAGAGAAUGGUUGAUCUCCUGGUUCCCUCUUAUCUACUGCUGGGGUGCAGGAAGGGAGGGAGCAUGUCAUGAGCCAGCUGGGAAAUCUCCAGAACCCUUCCUGGAAACCAUCUUUCUGGGGACCCAAGAUUGAGAGGAAUGUUGGCAUGUGGGGGCAGCGUGGGAGAGAGCUGAACUCUGCCUGGCCCUUAGAAAGACUCCAUCACCCACCCAAUGGGAGUAGCAGGUCACCUUAGCACCCCCCACACUCACAUAAACACCCAUACGCACAUACACACGCCACUCUCUAAGGAGCUGUGGUUGACCAGGGCAGGGGAUGAGUUAGCAACAAGGCUCUUUCUCAAUCUCACUGCUCUUGGGAUCCAGCCCUCACUGUGGAUCAGCAGACACAGCACUCACCAGACUCUGGGCUCGACAAGGCCCGGUAGAUAUUUCCAAGAGGCAAGUCGCCAUUGACUGGCAAUCUCAAAGACACCCACCCUGGCAAUGAAAGUAGGUUUAUGGAAGGUUCCAGGCUAUUGUACAGUUGAAAUUUCCAUGUCAAGCCUUUGAGGAGUCAAAUUUUAGCCAACUUGUGCUCUGAGUGCCCCUAAUGGCUACCACACUGCCACUCCAGCAAGGGAGAGCACAUCCCUUGGGACCUGCCUGCCCGCAGCCUCUCCUCAGAAUCCCAGUCCUCCCACCCAGCUCCCUGCUCUGCUGGAGACAGGCAGGCCUCCUGGCCCCCCGUGCCUCCAUCCGGGGACCGGCCUGGACCCCAGGAGCAAGAAUAGCCCCUUCUAGCUCCCCCCUCCCCCGCCACCCACAUCCCGGGACCCAGUGAUCGAGAGGCUGGCCCCUCGCCCUGGGGAACGAUUUGGGUUGGCCAGGAAAAUCCAAAUGUCCUAUUCGCCCUGAGGAGCCCUGGCAGUUCCAAACCCCAGGCAAAGACUGGGAUGUCAGCAGAGACCCGGGUGAAAUGCCCAGGUUUGGAAAAGCCAGACAAGCCAGGAGGAAAAUGACAUUUAAAAUGAUCAAGUUUGACUUUUCUUUUUAACUUUUGUAGUCACCACGAAACAGCAAACUUACUGUAAAUUCUACAUGUUUCGGCACCAAUUACAAAAGAUGUAUACCUAUAACCGAGGAAUCAUCUCCCUACUCCAUGUAUUCCUUGAAAGGGUAUUGCUGUGUCUUAAGAUAUACCUCUCUUUCUCCUCUCUCUUUCUCUCCUCUCUCUCUCUCUCUCUCCCUUUGUCUCUCUCUUCCCCUCUUUCUCUGCUGAGGCUGAUUCUUGUUCCCAAUAAGCAGUCACUGUUUUAUAUCACUCUUAUAAAGAAAAAACAAAACUUUUUUUUGUAAGUAUGUUGAAAAAAUGCAAAAGUUAAAGUGUUUGCUGAAGUUUCUUCAGCCUCUACUUUUAAACUGUGUAAUAAUGUACAGAGAAAGUUGUUGGUGUUGAAAGAAAUAAUGUGUCUGUGCAAUUUAUGUACAUUUGCAAUUAGAAAUAUUAAAGAUUUAUUUAGCUAUUUUAAGCAA